UUGUUUUUACGUAAUCCAUUUUUAUCUCUUACAUUAUCUUCAUAAAAUCACUAAAUAUCUACAAAGAAAUCACUAGAUAUCUCUAACUUCCCGUUGGAAAAAAACUAUAUAAGCCCUCAAAGCCCUCUCCCCUUCUACCUCACCCUCUCUCCUUCACCUUCACUUUCCUCUGCUCCAAAACAAUGGGACAGUUGAUUCUCUCUCUUCUUCUUCUCCUGUCAUUUGCCGUCUCUUCCUCUGCAGUCAUACUAGGAGAUGUUCCUCUGAACUACACGCAUGUCUGCGAUCCCGUCAGAUUCAGAAACAUUGGAUUGGACAUGUCGGAAUUCUCCUACUGCGACAAGUCUCUUCCUUUCGACGUUAGGGUUAAGGAUCUCGUCGCUCGGAUGAAACUGUCCGAAAAGGUUGAGCAGAUGGGAGAUAACGCCACCGGCGUCAUGAGGAUCGGCCUUCCGGCGUACGAGUGGUGGUCCGAGGCUCUUCACGGCGUCUCUGACACCGGCGGUGGCUCCACUUUCGGCGGUGCGGUCCCAGGCGCCACCAGCUUUCCCCUCGUCAUCAACUCAGCCGCCUCGUUUAACCGCACGCUCUGGAAGAAGAUUGGACAAGUGAUUUCAAGUGAGGCAAGAGCGAUGCACAACGUGGGACAAGGCGGUUUAACGUUCUGGAGCCCGAACAUAAACGUGGUGAGGGAUCCGAGGUGGGGAAGGAUCUUGGAGACACCGGGUGAAGAUCCUUACGUGGUCGGGACUUACGCCUCGAAUUUUGUCAGAGGGUUACAAGACAUCGAAGGGACGGGAAACACGACAGAUCUGAACUUCAGACCAUUGAAAGUCUCUGCUUGCUGCAAGCAUUACACUGCAUACGACAUCGAUAGGUGGCCGGGUGUCGAUAGAUACAGUUUCGACGCGAGGGUUACGGAGCAAGACAUGAUGGAGACAUUUCAGAUGCCGUUCGAGAUGUGUGUGAAGGAAGGAGAUGCGAGCAGUGUCAUGUGUUCGUUCAACCGUGUCAAUGGCAUUCCCACUUGUGCGGAUCACAGGCUAUUGAAGCACACCAUUAGAAGAGACUGGAACUUGCAUGGUUACAUCGUCGCUGACUGUGAUUCAGUUGACGCCAUGGUCAAAGCUCACAAAUGGCUCGGCGAUACAUUCGAGGACGCAGCUUCGCAAUCUCUCAAAGCAGGUCUGGAUUUGGACUGUGGUGGUUCGUACAGGAUGGCUUUGCAGAACGCGGUUUACCAAGGUCAGAUCAGUGAGUCAUUGGUCGACGAGUCACUCAAGAAUCUCUACGUUGUGCUCAUGAGGCUUGGGUUCUUCGAUGGCCGACCUGAAUUUGCAUCCUUGACGAAAUCCGAUGUCUGCUCAGAAUCUAACAUGAAAUUCGCCGAAGAGGCGGCAAAAGAAGGAAUGGUUCUACUGAAGAACAACGACGAUGUUCUUCCUCUGAGUUCCGACAAGUACAAGAACCUGGCGGUGGUCGGACCUCACGCUAAUGCCACUAUAGCCAUGAUUGGAAACUAUCACGGCGUCCCUUGCCGGUACAUCUCUCCUAUUCAGGGCUUCUCCGAAUUUGCAAACGUCACAUUCUCUGCGGGUUGCGGUGACGUGCUCUGCAAGAAUCGGACGUUGGUUUUUCCGGCGGCUCAGACGGCUAGGAACGCAGACGCGACCGUGAUUGUCGCCGGGUUGGACUUGACUGCAGAGGCUGAGGAUUUGGACAGGCUGGACCUGAAUCUGCCCGGUUAUCAGAAAGAGCUCAUCGUUCAGGUGGCCGAAAUGGCGAAAGGUCCGGUGAUUCUGGUUGUAAUGUCGGGCGGAGGAGUCGACAUAACGUUUGCCAAGAACCACCCCAAUAUCACAGCCAUCCUCUGGGCCGGUUACCCUGGCCAAGAAGGCGGCCGUGCCAUUGCUGACGUCAUCUUCGGACACUACAACCCAGGUGGGAGAUUGCCAUUGACAUGGUACGAAGCGGAUUACGCACAGCAACUUCCGAUGACGUACAUGAAACUACGUCCAGACAACGAGCAAGGGUUUCCUGGAAAGACAUACAAGUUCUACAACGGAACGGGAGUUUUCCCGUUCGGAUACGGACUCAGUUACACAGAUUUCAAGUACGAGAUCUCGCGUUCCGACCAGAUCAUACCAGUGCACGUCAAGAUCUCCAAGAACCAGCUCUGUCGCCACGUAAACUACACCGACCCAGGAGAGGAACCCACCGAAGGUUGCAUGGCCGUCGUGGUGGAUGACUUGCCCUGCAAGGAAACGGUAGCGGUCAAAGUCUCCGUCGAAAACAUCGGUAAGAGAGACGGAAGCGAGGUCAUAAUGGCGUACUCGAAGCCGCCGAGAGGAAUCCAUGGGACCCACAGGAAACAAGUGGUCGGAUUCGAGAGGGUGUUCGUUCCGACAGGGAAGUCUGAGGAUGUCCGGUUCGAGUUCGACGUCUGCCGGAGUUUUUCGAUCGUAGACGCCGUCGGAUACAGGAUUUUGCCGUCGGGGAAUCACGGCGUUUUGAUCGGAGACGGCGAGAGGAGGAUCCCUGUUCAAGUUAAGAUUAGUUUUCAUCACUAGAGAUUCCACCGAGUAAAUUCGAGUUGCCGUAUGUUAAAAGUUAUUAAUAAAGAAAGUUAUUUUAAUAUCCACGUGGCGUAAAAGUCAAACUAAGUCAACCGUGGAUGAGGAAAAUUGGGCCGAAGUAUUAAUUUGGGCCUUCAUUUUAAACCCAAUAAUAAUUUUGGCACGGAUUCCAAAAUAUUUUAUGAAAAAAAUGGCCUUAAAAGAUAAAAUCCGAUAAAAUCUCUACGGGUCAAUCUUUU